AGUACAUUUUUCUGAUCAUCUGAAGAUCAGCUAUUAGAAGAGAAAGAUCAGCCAAGUCCUUUGGACCUGAUCAACUUGAUACAAGAACUACUGAUUUCAACUUCUUUGGCUUAGCUCUCUGCGAAACAAUGAAAUAUACAAGUUAUUUCUUGGCUUUUCAGCUCUGCAUCGUUUUGGGUUCUCUUGGCUGUUACUGCCAGGACCCAUAUGUAAAAGAAGCAGAAAAUCUGAAGAAAUAUUUUAAUGCAGGUGAUUCAGAUGUAGCAGAUAAUGGAACUCUUUUCUUAAACAUUUUGAGGACUUGGAGAGAGGAGGGUGACAGAAAAAUAAUGCAGAGCCAGAUUAUCUCCUUUUACUUCAAACUUUUUAAAAACUUUAAAGACAACCAGAGCAUCCAGAAGAGUAUGGAGACCAUCAAGGAAGACAUGAAUGUCAAGUUUUUCAACAGCAAUAAAAGGAAACAGGAUGACUUUGAAAGGCUGACUAAUUAUUCGGUAACCGACUUGAAUGUCCAGCGCAAAGCAAUACAUGAACUCAUCCAAGUGAUGGCUGAACUGUCACCAGCACCUAAAAUAGGGAAGCGAAAAAGGAGUCAGACGCUGUUUCGAGGUCGAAGAGCGUCCCAAUAAUGGUGGUCCUGCCUGCAAUAUUUGAUUUUUAAAUCUAAAUCUAUUUAUUAAUAUUUAACAUUAUUUAUAUGGGGAAUAUAUUUUUAGACUCAUCAAUCAAAGAAGUAUUUAUAAUAGCAACUUUCGUGUAAUGAAAAUGAGUAUCUAUUAAUAUAUGUAUUAUUUAUAAUUCCUGUAUCCUGUGACUGUUUCACUUAAUCCUUUGUUUUCUGACUAAUUAGGCAAGGCUAUGUGAUUACAAGGCUUUAUCUCAGGGACCAAUUAGGCAGCCAACCUAAGCAAGAUCCCGUGGGUUGUAUGUUUAUUUUACUUGAUGAUACAAUGAACACUUAUAAGUAAAAUGAUACCAUCCAGUUACUGCCUGUUUGAAAAUAUGCCUGCAUUCUGAGCCACUGCUUUAAUAGCAUGUCAGACAGAACUUGAAUGUGUCAGGUGACCCUGAUGAAAACAUAGCAUCUCAGGAGACUUCAUGCCUGGUGCUUCCAAAUAUUGUUGACAACUGUGACUGUACCCAAAUGGAAAGUAACUUAUUUGUUAAGAUUAUCAAUAUCUAAUAUAUAUGAAUAAAGUGUUAAGUUCAUAACU